UAAAUGGGCGGUUCCUGUUUGUAUGAUGGUGGAUUCAGAUGACGAGCGAAGCGCUACUGAUCGCCAGCUGAAGAUUGUGAUUCUGGGAGAUGGCACAGCAGGAAAGACGUCAUUGGCUACUCGCUACGCACAGUUUGAAUUUAGUAGGACUUAUAAUCAGACGGUUGGUCUCGAUUUCUUUCUGAAGAGAAUUGAACUGCCAGGAAACAUAAACUGUGCACUGCAAGUAUGGGAUAUUGGUGGUCAGACAAUAGGUGGAAAAAUGCUGCCUUCUUAUAUAUAUGGAGCAGAUUGUGUCUUAUUGGUUUAUGAUGUGACUAACAGUGGCAGCUUUGCUAACUUGGAGGAGUGGGUAGCAGUUGUUCGAACGACAUUUGAAGGGCAGAAGAAAAUGCCUUCAAUUGCACUCGUUGCAAAUAAAGUUGAUCUGGAGCACCAGAGGCAAGUGAAACCAGACAAACACAACAGGUUUGCACAAGACAAUGGAUUCUCAAGUCAUUUUGUUUCUGCUAAGAACGGUGACCAAGUAGCUCAGUGCUUCAGGAGAGUAGCUGCUGAUGCACUUGGAAUUAAGCUCAACAAAUCAGAAAGCAAACAGGAGUCGACAAUUGUAAGAGCUGACAUCGUUCGAUAUCCUGAUGUCCCUCCAGCUACUUUUGCACAACCACAGUCAACACGAUCAUCCCUUUGUGCCAUCCAAUAGCAUCACAGCAGCUGGCUGCCUUUAAUAUCAUCAAUUGC